AUGGCCUGGACUCUGCUGGCCGCCGCAUUCUGCUUCAAGAUACCAAAUAAGAGCCCCGCGCAUCUACCUGUACUCGCGCUUUUCAUUUACCUUUUCACUGCCUUCUAUUCGCCUGGUGAGGGGCCGGUUCCCUUCACCUACUCCGCCGAAGCGUUUCCUCUGUUCCAUCGCGAGGUCGGGAUGAGUCUAUCUGUUGCGGUCAAUCUUUUUUUCGCUGGAAUCUUGACCCUCGUCUUCCCACGUAUGGUAGCUGUUUUUGGCGCAGCCGGUGCCGUGGGCUUCUUUGCUGGCCUCAACGUGAUAGCUCUGAUCAUGAUAUUUCUUUGGGUACCAGAGACUAAACAAAGGACGCUUGAAGAAUUGGACUACAUAUUCGCAGUUCCAACUCGUCAACACAUGCGAUACCAGGUCACCGAGGUACUACCAUGGGCCUUCCGCUAUUACGUACUACGCAGGAAUGUGGUUUUACGCCCACUAUACAAGUUUCAGAGACCUUCAUGA